UUGUUGCACAGCCAAAGGUGUGUGUGGUGUUGAGUGGUUUACAUGUGCGGAGACCGCUAACGCCAACUCCGCUGUGCCGGAUGGGGCUGUCGAUUGUGGACCAGCUGUUGGCCGUCUCAAAUGACCAAGCUGAACUCUUUCUCAAAGAAUUUAAUGCAAAGCACGCCCAAAUAUUUACCUUUCCUGACCUCAGCCUGGAUGAUCGUCGGGUGCUCGUGUCUCGGCUUAUGGAAUUGGUGUCAUCAGACCGGGAGUCUUGCCAGCUGCAGUGCCUGGAGACUCUGCGACUGCUGAGCAGAGACCGUUGCCACCUGGAGGAGGUCUUUUCGGCAGACGUGCUGGCUCAGCUAGCACGCUAUGGCCCAACUCGCUGGGCGACCCAGCGAGGAGCUCGGCCAGCUAGACAACUGCAUGCUCCAGCGGUGGUGGAGGCCUUGAAAACCUUGUGCAACCUGAUCUACAACAGUUCCACGGUGCAGAAGAUAUGCAGUCACAAUGGCUGUGUGGAAGGCGUCAUGCUGCGGCUCAAGCUGUACGGGCACCCACAUCUGCCACAUGACGUCAAGUUUUUUGACAUGCGGAUGUUAUUUCUGCUGACAGCCCUCUGCGCCGACACCAGGCCUCGGUUACGGACGGAACUGCAUGGCCUUACCUACUUGCGGGAGACUCUUGAUCUCAUUCUCAAGUUAAGUGAGGAGCGCACUGUGGCAACGCAAAGCUCAUCCGGGCUUAAGCGGUGCAUGCGCCACAGCCGUCGAGGGCGUCACGCUGGGGGGGAUGAUUCCAUAGGGACCACUCCUGUGCUCAGCGCUGAGGAUGCUUCACUGGCAGCCGAAGUGCUGAAGGUGCUUUACAACCUCACCUGCGGUCUUGACAAGUUCCAUGUGGAAGAGGAAGAUGAAGUUCACUUCGAACGCUUAGUGGGCCUCCUGCAUGACCUUCUUCUGUGUGACGUCACCAGUGCUGAGGCCAAAGACCAACUACAUGGACAAGUAGUGCACCUUCUAUCCAGCGUUCCACGUCCAUUCUAUGCGGAGCUACUAACAGAAGCAAACCCUGGCGAAGAGUGCAGUUUCGAAGGCUACAAUGUGGAUUCAGUGGCUGCACUGGUCGCUUAUCUUGAGCGUAGGCUUGAUGAGGUAGAAACCAAGCCCAACUUUUAUCGGCAGUUGACUCCUGUGCUGCUGUGCUUGGCAGAAUGUGGCCGCGGACACAGAAUCCUGCGUCGAUACUUGCGUGCAAGGGUGCUGCCACCACUUAAGGAUGUCAUGACACGCCCUGAAUCGGGCAGCACGUUGCGCAACAGGCUGGUGCGAUUGAUGACGGUUCCUUGCACUGACACGAAGCAGCUGGUAGCCGAGCUGCUGUUUGUGCUCUGCAAGGAGAAGGUGGGCCGCCUGAUCAAGUACACUGGUUACGGGAAUGCUGCGGGGUUACUCGCUCGGCGAGGGUUGCUAAGGGCGACCGGAGUGCUCUACUCAAGCGACUCUGAGGACAGCGACACGGAAGAGUACCUGAAGCAUCGAGACCACAUCAAUCCUGUGCUGGGCUGCCACGAGCCAGUACGUGAGCCGCCCUUGCAAGCGAUGAGCGAGGAACAGAAGGAGCACGAGGCCAUGAAGCUUGUCAACCUAAUGGACCAACUGACCAGGGUCGGAGUUGUGCAGCCAGCACGCGUUGGUGUUGAUGGCCGUCCAUGCCCUAUUGAGCAUGUGCUGGAGCUCCAGGAAGACCGUGACCUUGCAGAGUCUGACUGAGAUGCAACACUGGCUGUAACCACAAACUGGCUGUGACCACAGGCUGCAUAUCUUGUACACCUGAAACUAUACGUUAAUUCCCAUUAGUUUGUUGUGUAGGCGUGCACAUGGGGGGGGGGGGGGGGGCAAGGGCGCAGUCAUAUCUUUAAUCACUUGAGGGGGAGGCAUGCAAAGUCUUGCCAUACACUCACUUCAUAGGGAGCGUUGUGAUGAACCUUCAUCAGCUGCCCUGAAGAAAACACUGCUUACGCCAAUGCUUGGUUGGAUUCAUUUUCAUUAGAUGUAGCUCAUGCUUUCUUUCUUACUCUCUAUUAGUUAUCGAUCUUUUCUGUUGAUACAUUGUAGUUGGUUUUUUGUAACGUAUAUAUAAAAGCCAAGCUUUGAAGAGAAUAUGAAAUGUUUGAUUGUGUCUGAUUUGAAUGGGGGCACGAAACGCAAACGCAACUUGAACUUAGGAAAUAUGAGGGCUAUCAUCAUAUUGGUGCGUUGCAUUCUUGUUCUGAUUUUUAUUACUGAUGCACCUGGAGUUUCAUACCAUAAAACUUUGAAGCCAAUCUGGCACUAGUGUUUAUAAGGGGCUCCUUGAACAAUGUUUAAACCACUGUAGGAAUGAUGUAUAGUGCACUAAAAUAUAUGUUAAUAUUCUAGUUCAUUCUAGAUUUUUGGGAAGUACACGUAUGCUUCAAACGGAUUUUAUUCUUGAAACUCGCAACACUUGUUUUCUGAGCUCUAUAUACAAGGUUGUCAAACGUAAACAGAUUCUUCUUUCGUGUAGAAAACUUAUUGCAUAUAGAUUGCAUUACUGUGAGAUUGAUGUGAAGUCUAGACAAUAUCAACCACGUGGAGCUCUGCAACAGUGUUUGAGAUAUGGCAUUACCAAGUAAUGAUGUAAAUUUAUCCUUAAAAACGAACACGAGUCUUCUUUUCCACCCAUUGCAUGCAUAAUCUAUUUACGGAAAUACUGUAUCGAGCAAGAAAUCUCUUGACUGCAAUGCCAGGCUCAUCUGCUCCAGCGCACCUCUCAUUCUGCUGUAGGUGCAUCUCCCUCAGCACACUCUCAUUCUGCUGCCAAUUUGACUACAUCUCGUCAAGACAUGCCUUGCACAAAAAAAUUUGAAAGUCUAUGCAGUUUCCUGCACUGGGCAUGGGACGCUAUGGCUGUGCAGAGCGGUGUAUAAAUGACGCUUUGCUAAUAAUACAGUCAAAUACAAUUUGCAAAGCCACAGUGCCAUCAGAAAUGGAAAGCCCUAGCACGCUUCAGUCACUUUCAACAACAAAGUUUGGUGCAAAGCUCAGCUCUCUUGCACUGCACCCCCACUAACCACGCCAGGGAACACCACAUGGAGUGGCAUACAGCUUCUGCACUAUAAACAAAAACUGUAGAAAAAAAAUAUCCGUAGACAGUUUGCUAGCUAACGAAAUUCAGGCCGAUGCUCCCAUCUUAUAUCCUUUAAGGUUUUUGUAUGCACCGCUAUGCUUAUCUAUAUCACCAAAAUGCUUUUAUGAUAGCAGAAGUGCCUAGUAACAGAGACGUGGAACAAAUGAACCCCUGAAUUUGUUUUGACUGCCCGAGAUAAGUAGAGCCUUCCAAUUUUUCCCUAGUAUUGAAUGCAGCUAUCACUACAGUGUGCCAAAUACACAUCAGUGCAGUAGGCCUCAACUCAUUCUUUUGGAUGAUUCGGCCUAGUUGGAACAUAUUCAUCUUGAAGUAUUUGCGCAGGCACGCGGGGACAAAGUUGAGAAACACAAAUGGCAGCUUGUGAUCACAAGCUGUGCCAUGGGUGCUGUUCAUGGUUUUAUGACUAGAUUUAACAGAUCUAAAGGUUUUUAAUUGAAAAUAAAAAAAAAAGGUCACAGCUUUGCCACAAAGGUGAAGCAAUGAAUGUGAUGGCAAACAUUGGAAGGUCACGCGAACAAUCGCUGGCAGGUCCCAACGUGCCCCGCAUUUCUCACGCACAAAUGACACACGAAACGUGCUCACUGGUACAGAUGAACGCGAAUAAGCGUCUCAGUCUUUACUUCGCUGUGUCUGAAAAGCACACCUUUUUCGCAAAGGAAGACUGUGCAACAAGUGUAGUGACCUUUGUGCUCCCGGUAAAACAACAGAAUUGUUUCGAUCAAAGCCCAAAACGUAUGACUAUCCCCACCGCGAGAUAAGCGAGUGCGCGCAUGAGCAUCCCUUCUUCAAGAGGCAAGGUACGUGUGGGAGAUGAGAGCGCAUGCUGCCGCGUCAUGGCGAUCUGGCGAUGCGCUCAUUUGCGUUAUCUCGCUGGUAAUGCUCAAAACACGAUAGUUCCCCUAAGAUGCCUAUCACCAGCAGUAAGUGGUAGAUAUAAAUAGCUUGCCGUUCAAAUUUGAAUGAGGUGCUUCUUCGUGGCUCAGUGGCUAACACCUCGCACUCACAAUUCACAGGUCAAACAUUUGAUUCUGCUCGCCCGAGACUUUUUGGGAUGAUUUUUUUUUCUUGUGUUUUCAUAUAUAUAGAUACGUAUUCAUCUACGGCGAAUGACAGCGGCACCGACGCCGUCGUUGACGGCAAAAUAUAGCCGAGAGUGUCCAUAUAAUUGCUAUCGCAUAAAAUAAACCAGUAGUUAGAUUGUGCCCGUUUGUGUUUCUCAACUUUGACCCUGUGUGUCUAUGCAAAUACUUCAAGGUGCUUCUAGCGUGCAUUCUGCUGAUUUAUAUAUUCCUGUACUUCUGCACAAGCUUGUUCUGGCUAAUAUGGCAUAUUAGUCUAACACUUUAGCACAUAUUCCUUGCUAGUUAGUAGAAUUAGAAAUAAAUUGUGUUGUAUGGAACAAUUGGUCAUCGAACGGCUACAUAGAAUGCAAGAUGAACAUAAACAGAGUGAAUGCUAUGUGUAAAAUGUUGUGUGGCAUUGUAGAGUAAAAGUAUGUAUGUGACCCAC